AACGGUCCGCUGUUGCUAUGAAUCUCUUUAUAUGCAAAAAAUGCGUGACGCUGCUUUUGCUUUUCCUUUCUAUAAAGUUGAAAGAUGCAACCAAAAACAUGCUGUGCUACAAAGACCUCCAAAAUUCCAAGCCAAAGCUGAAAGCUUCUUACUAAUAGUAUCCAAGGUCAUCUCUCUCCCUCUCUCUCUCUCCAAAAAAAAAUAAAAAUCAGAUCACACAUGAAUGAAAUGGUUGCAGUUGUUCUAUAAUCCAGAAACCCUUCAAUGGCGAAUUCCGAAAUGAUCUCUGUCUUCCUCUGCUCUCUCUUUCUGUUCCUCACUUGUUUUUCUUCUGUUUCAUCACUUAAUCCGUCUCUCAGGAGGCAAGCAUCAAUUCUUGUUUCUCUCAAACAAAAUUUCGAAGACUCGAAAAAUCCUUUAAGUACUUGGAAUGUGUCAAACUACAUGUUCCUCUGCUCUUGGGCUGGCAUCAAGUGUGACAGCCUCAACAGAUCAGUAGUCUCACUUGACAUAUCCAACUACAAUCUCUCGGGCACCCUUUCGCCAGUGAUCACUGAACUCCGCACCCUUGUCAAUGUUUCGGUGUCAGGAAAUGGAUUUUCGGGUAUUUUUCCUCCUGGUAUCCACAAACUAGCCGAGCUACAAAACCUCAACAUCUCCAACAACAGGUUCGGUGGAAGCUUGGAUUUGGAGUUUUCUAAGUUGGAGGAGCUUGUAAUGCUAGAUGCUUACAACAACGAUUUCAAUGGAUCACUUCCAUUAGGUGUCACUCAGCUUCCGAGGCUGAAGCGGUUGAACUUUGGCGGGAACUACUUCAGUGGGAGCAUUCCUCCUAGCUAUGGAAACAUGGUGCAGCUUGAUUAUCUGUCAAUUGCGGGAAAUGACCUGAGCGGUUACAUACCGAGCGAGCUCGGAAACCUCACUAACCUACAGCAGCUUUUGUUGGGAUAUUACAACGAAUUUGAAGGCGGAAUCCCACCAGAAAUUGGCAAGCUGAUCAAUCUGUUUCAUUUAGACCUCGCAAACUGCGGUUUGGAGGGGCCAAUCCCUCCGGAGCUAGGCAAUCUGAAAAAGCUAGACACUUUGUUCUUGCAAACAAACCAGCUCAGCGGUUCGGUUCCUGCUCAGCUGGGAAACUUGAGUAGCUUGAGGUCUCUUGAUCUCUCGAACAAUGCGCUGACGGGAGAUAUCCCCGCUGAGUUCUCUAGCCUCCGCGAGCUCACACUACUGAACCUCUUCAUCAACAAGUUUCACGGUGAGAUUCCUCGCUCUAUCGCGGAGCUACCGAACUUGGAAGUCUUGAAGCUGUGGCAUAACAACUUCACUGGAGCCAUACCUUCAAAGCUUGGUCAGAAUGGCAAACUGAUUGAGCUUGAUCUUUCGAGUAACAAGCUCACCGGGGUUGUCCCAAAAUCUCUUUGCUUUGGGAGGCGGCUGGAGAUCUUAAUUCUGCUCAACAAUUUUCUCUUUGGGCCUCUACCUGAUGACCUUGGCAAAUGUGAUACUUUAGUAAGAGUCCGAAUGGGGCAGAAUUAUCUCACUGGAUCAAUCCCGCCGGGCUUUCUUUACUUGCCAGAGCUCUCACUAGUAGAGCUACAGAACAAUUAUCUCACUGGACAGCUUCUGCAGGAAAGAAGCAAACAACCCUCAAAACUCAGUCAGGUGAAUCUGUCAAGCAACCGCUUAUCCGGGCGCCUUCCUGCAUCUAUCGGAAACUUCUCAAGCCUGCAGAUUCUUCUAUUGAGUGGAAACCAAUUCACUGGAGAAAUCCCAUCUGAAAUAGGCCGGUUGCAAAGCUUUCUCAAGUUGGAUGUGAGCAGAAACAAUUUUUCGGGUACAAUACCUCCGGAGAUUGGAAACUGUAUCGCUUUAACCUACUUAGAUUUGAGCCAAAACCAACUCUCAGGUCCAAUCCCAGUUCAGAUUGUUCAAAUCCACAUACUGAAUUACUUCAACGUGUCGUGGAACCACCUAAACCAGAGCCUCCCAAAGGAGCUAGGCUCCUUGAAAAGCCUAACGUCUGCUGAUUUUUCACACAAUAACUUCUCCGGUCCAAUCCCACAAAUAGGGCAAUACUUGUUUUUCAACUCCACAUCCUUCGUCGGUAACCCUGAGCUCUGUGACUCUUCUGCGAAUCCAUGCAACUACUCCUCAGCCUCAUCAUCAAGGGAUCACAACCAAACUGGCAUGCGCUCUCAUGUCCUUGGCAAAUUCAAGCUUCUCUUUGCUCUAGGACUCUUGCUUUGCUCGUUCGUGUUUGCAACAUUCGCAAUCAUCAAGACCAGAAAGGUGCGAAAAAAUUCGAACUCGUGGAAGCUCACAGCAUUCCAAAAGCUUGAAUUCGGAAGUGAAGACAUCUUAGAGUGCGUAAAGGAUAACAAUGUGAUCGGGAGAGGUGGAGCUGGGAUUGUCUACAGAGGAACAAUGUCGAAAGGCGAGCAAGUAGCUGUCAAGAAGCUGUUGGGGAUCAACAAAGGCUCGUCACACGACAAUGGCCUCUCUGCAGAAAUUCAGACACUGGGAAAAAUCCGCCACCGGAACAUCGUCCGAUUGCUGGCUUUCUGUUCAAAUAAAGAGACCAAUCUGCUGGUUUACGAGUACAUGCCGAAUGGAAGCUUGGGUGAAGUUUUACAUGGGAAGAGAGGAGGGUAUCUCACGUGGGAGACUAGGUUGAACAUAGCCAUUGAAGCAGCAAAAGGGCUCUGUUAUCUGCACCAUGAUUGCUCACCAUUGAUUCUUCACAGGGAUGUGAAGUCCAACAACAUUCUGCUCAACUCAGAAUUUGAGGCUCAUGUCGCAGAUUUUGGGCUUGCCAAGUUCUUGCAGGACACCGGAACAUCAGAAUGCAUGUCUGCAGUUGCUGGCUCAUACGGUUACAUUGCUCCAGAAUAUGCGUACACAUUGAAAGUUGAUGAGAAGAGCGAUGUGUAUAGCUUUGGAGUUGUACUGUUGGAGCUCAUCACAGGAAGAAGGCCAGUUGGUGGAUUUGGGGAAGAGGGAAUGGACAUUGUUCAGUGGACCAAGAUUCAGACCAACUCACAGAAAGAAGGGGUGAUAAAGAUCCUCGACAAACGACUAGACACUGUUCCGAUGGACGAAGCAAUGCAAGUGUUUUUCGUCGCGGUUUUAUGCGUUCAAGAGCACAGUGUGGAGAGACCAACCAUGAGAGAAGUUGUUCAAAUGCUUGCACAGGCUAAACAACCAAACACAUUUCACAUGCAAUGAUUCAGUACUUGAAUCAGAUCAUGGAGCAGCAACAUUUUGGUGACAGCCACAAAAAUGUCACGAACAUGAAUAAUAACACAUGAUUUUCGGAUCAAGUAGCGAGCACGGUUGAGUAACUGGUAUAGCAGUACCAAGCUGGGAACCAAAAGUAAUAAGUGAAGAAGGCAGCCAGUCCACAUAGUAUAUAUAUACAAUGUUUUAUGUUUUUUUUUUCUUCUCAAUAUUUUUGGGUUUUUGUUUGGUAUUGUUGUUGUAUUUGUUAGAGUGAAGGUAGAUCUGUUGUGGUGAUUAGUGGCAGGCAAAGGUCGCGAUAUUGGUACUGGUUAGUUUGUAUUAUUGUGUCAUCAUAUAAAUGUAUGACCAAAUGAUUUGACGUUGCCUUUAUUAUACUGUAAUAAACUUUUAGAUUUUGUA